AUGAUUGAAGGGUUUUUAGAUACUGAGUUUAUUAAAAUUAUUAGAAUUGGAUUUGUUCAUAAGACUAAAUACGUUGUUCAAAUUUUAAUGAAAAAUAAAUUAAUUGAAUGGGUAGAAAGUUCUCUCAUAACAGACUUUAAUACAAUUCUUCUUCGAAUGAAUGAUUUAAAAUUAACAGGCCAAUACCUAGUUGAACCUCCAAUUCUACCAAUUCAUAACAUUAAAAAACAAAUACCUAAAGAAGUUUCACUAAGACAAUCACCUCUAUUAUCUCUUAUAGACCGCAUCCCAAACCCUUCAUUAAAAAAUUCUUGUAAAAACACUUUAUAUAAAAGUUGUACAAAUGGAUUUUUAUCAUUAAAAAAGUCUUCUUCAACAAUAAAAUCUGGAAUUCCUUCUGGAGGAUUUGCACCUUCAGCCCCAUCAAUUUCUGCAUCACUACCAAAUCUUUUAACCAUCUCUUCAGAUAAACAAAAAUUAAAACUUCCAGUUCAACCACUUAAUAUUAAUGGUUCAGCACAUCCUUUGAUUAGUUCUUUUAUUCAAAAACCAUUAACUGGAUCACUUCCUUCUUUGUUUGAACAAAACACUAACUGUAAAAGUAUUAAAUCAUCACUUCAAUUUUCUUCAUCUCAAACAACAGUAACCAAAGAAUUAUUGGAUCAAGCAUUUAUAAUGGGAUUUAAUUUAAAUGAAAUUAGUUCUAGUCCAGAUAUAUUACAUUCUUUUAUUGGGUUAAUUGGAAAUGAAUUUAUUCCUAUUCCAUCAAGUCAGUGUAGUAAAGAAGAAAUGGAAACUGUAUUAAAUCAAGUAAAAAGAAUUAUUGAUAAAAAAUAUAAUGGUAGAACAGAUGAAUUAAUGAAUGCUCUUAAAUUUGGAAGGAUUUAUAAAAAAGUAAUGAAUUUGUGGGAUUUAAAAUAUAAGUUGAUUGAUUGGAAAUCAUAUUUUAUUAUAACAAUAAAUGAACUUCAAUCAGAAGCAUUUAAAAUUAGUAAAAUAUUAACAGAAGAAUUUAGUUCUCUUUUAUUAAAAUUUACUAAUUGGGAACAAUGGGAAAAUUACAAUUUUAUGUCAGAUUUCAAUCAAAUAACUUCUUAUUUUAAUAUUUAA